AAAUUAUUUUUUCUUUAAUUUGAGCACGUGGACGGAAUGUGAGGACAUCUCUUCUCCUCCGACAAUUACCCCAUUUAUUACUGGCACUAAAUAUAGGUCCCUCAAUCUUUCUAUAUCAAUUCCCAACUUGCAAAAUAUUAUUCACAAUCUGUUACAUUGUAUUGUUGAAGAAUUGACAGUAAAAAUCAAAUGAACCAGUAAAGAGUAAAUAUUCCAUCUGGGGUUCAAGUUUUGAGUUUAAGUAAAAGUUUUUGUUGAAGAAUUGACAGUAAAAAUCAGAGUGGAGCUUCUGACUAUUUGAUAUCUUUUCCCUUGAAAUGGGUCAAGAUUCUUAUCUGGGUGACUAUCAAGAAGUUGAUACUGAAUCAUGUACGUAUGAAUCGAAGCAAGAAGAUGACAUCUACACGAAAGAUGGGACUGUGGAUUACCUUAAGAAUCCGGCUAAUAAGAAAAAAACCGGAACUUGGAAUGCCUGUGGCUUCAUUUUAGGUACUGAAUGUUGUGAAAGAUUGGCAUUUUAUGGAAUGAGCUCCAAUUUAGUACGGUACUUUAAGUAUCAGUUGAAUGAGCAUAGUGCAACGGCUUCAAGAAAUAUUUCAACUUGGGCUGGAACUUGUUAUCUCACACCAUUGAUCGGAGCAUUCAUGGCUGAUACUUAUCUUGGACGAUAUUGGACGAUUGCCACUUUCUCGAUCAUUUAUGCAAUUGGCACGGGAAUGUUAACAAUAUCGGCAUCGGUGCCUGGCCUAAAACCUACAUGUUAUGAGAAAGAUGUUUGCAGUGCCACAAACGCUCAAAUUACCCUGUGCUUUACAUCUCUUUACCUCGUGGCACUAGGAACUGGAGGAAUCAAGCCGUGUGUAUCAUCUUAUGGCGCGGAUCAGUUUGACAGUCAUGAUGAGGUUGAGGAAAAACAAAAGAGUUCUUUCUUUAACUGGUAUUAUUUUGUUGUAAAUGUUGGUGCACUCGUUGCUUUUUCCGUUGUAGUUUGGAUCCAAGACAACUUGGGGUGGGGUUGGGGCUUCUCUGUUCCUACUGUUGCUAUGGUGAUUGCCAUUGUUUCAUUCUUUUCGGGUACUAAAUUGUUUCGGAACCAGAUACCUGGCGGCAGCCCUCUUACCAGUAUAUGCCAGGUGGUAGUUGCUUCUUAUAGAAAGAAAAAGAUUCAACUCCCAUCAGAUAGUUCCCUCUUGUACGAGACUUCAGAUUCUGGUUUUUCUUGUUUAGAAAGCUGCAAGAUUGAACACACGUUAGAUUUUGUUUUUUUGGAUAAGGCAGCUGUGGCUACAACCUCUGAUCAUACAAACGGGUCAAUCGAUCGGUGGAAGCUAUGCUCUGUGAGCCAGGUUGAGGAACUGAAAGCGAUACUACGGUUGCUUCCGAUUUGGGCAACUGGCAUCAUGUAUUCCACGAUUUUCGCACAAGUCAAUAACCUAUUCCUAUUGCAAGGGUCAACUCUGGACACUCGUAUAGGCCUGUCCAGUUUUGAGAUUCCACCAGCUUCGCUUGGCAUGUGCUUCACACUUAGUGUAGUAUUCUGGGUCCCCGUCUACGACCUUGUUAUCGUCAAGGUAGCCAGGAGGGUCACUGGUCAACCUAACGGAUUAACACAACUCCAACGUAUCGGGGCAGGCUUCUUCAUUUCCAUUUUCAGCAUGGUCUGUGCUGGCGUUCUGGAAUUCAUUAGGCUCAAUAUCGUGGCAAGAAAAAAUUACUAUGAGCUUGAGCAGAUACCCAUGUCAAUAUUAUGGCAGGUACCUCAAUACUUACUUAUUGGGUGUGCUGAUGUCUUCACAUUUAUCGGGCAAUUGGAAUUCUUUUAUGGGCAGGCUCCCGAUUCUAUGAGAAGUUUAUGUUCUGCUCUCCAUCUAACAAUAACUGCACUAGGGAACUAUACAAGUGCUUUGCUCGUGACCAUUGUUAUGUUCAUCACCACGCACGAUGGUAACCCAGGUUGGAUAACAGACAAUCUCAACUACGGGCACCUUGACUAUUAUUUCUGGCUUUUGGCGGGUCUUGGUGUUGUGAACUUGGGAGCUUUUAUGGUGUUGGCUCGUCGUCAUAUGUAUAGAAAACCUGUUGCAGGUGUUUGCUAAAGUCAGCAUGGUCUCAAAUACAUGUAUGGGAAAUUUGUAGAUGGAGCGAUUUAUUAAAAAUAAAACAAGUUUUAAAAGAAAAUAAAUAGAACAAUCCUUUGCUUUCAACUGAAAA